GCUGCUGCUGCCGCUGCCGCCGCCCCGUCGCUCUUGGGCCGGCUCGCCGUUUGAUGGAUCCCCGGAUCGCCUGGUUCCAGCCAGAGCAGCUCGGGCCCUCGAACCGCCUGUGGAUGCAGAUUUGGGAGACCACGCAAGGGGUCCGCAACCUCUACUUCCAGCAGCAGCACCAGCAGCAGCAGCAACAACCACCCCAGCCGGCUGCCGCCGCCGCCGCCCCGGCCUCGUCGUCUUCCUCCUCCUCGUCCUCCUCGUGCAGCAGCAGCAGCAGCAGCUCCCCGUCGACCCCCGUGGCCGCCGCCUCUGCUUCGUCCCCCCCGCCGCCGCCCGGCAUGUCCCGCGUCCCGCGUGGCGGCGACCCGCAGCCCGACUUCCUGCCGCUGGAGACCGCCGGCCUGCCCCACCACCACCACCAUCAUCACCAUCACUACCACCAGCAGCAGCAGCCUCCCCCGCGGCGGCAGGCCUCUCCGCAGCCUCCCGCCUGGGCAGCCCGGCCCGGCGGCGUCCAAGCGAGCCCCGCUGCCCCGGGCGCGGCCUCCUCCUCCUCCUCUUCUUCUUCCUCCGUUCCCGCCGCGUCUUCGUCGGGCUCCUCCGCCGCCGCGGGGCCUUCUCCGGCCGCCGCGGCCUCGGCUCCCCGUGCGGCUUCGCCCGCUGCUCCGGCUGCCUCGGCCGCCGCCGCUGAUGCCGCUGCGGCGGCGGCGGCGGCGGCCAGCAACAAGAGGAAACGGGACAACAAGGCCAGCACUUUCGGCUUCAACUGCACGCUGCUGCUGGGCCCCGCCGGGGAAAGCGGCGGGACGGCUUUGGGGAACGGGCCCUUGGGGAGGCCGCCGUGCGGGCCGGAGGAACCGGCCUACACCGGCACCCCGUGGAAGAAGACGAAUUACAGCCCCGGCGUGGUGGGCCUUCACGAAGAAAUCAAUGACUUCUACAAGUACAUGUCUCCUCGACCCGAAGAAGAAAGGAUGCGGAUGGAGGUGGUGAACAGGAUAGAAAACGUAAUAAAGGAACUCUGGCCCAAUGCGGAUGUGCAGAUAUUUGGAAGUUUUAAGACUGGUUUAUAUUUACCUACUAGCGAUAUUGACUUAGUGGUGUUUGGAAAAUGGGAGACUUUGCCACUGUGGACCCUGGAAGAAGCACUUCGAAAGCACAACGUGGCUGACAAAGGUUCAGUGAAGGUUUUAGAUAAAGCCACUGUUCCUAUCAUUAAACUGACAGACUCCUUUACUGAGGUAAAAGUGGAUAUCAGCUUUAAUGUACAGAAUGGGGUAAAGGCUGCCUAUCUCAUCAGAGAUUUUAUUAAGAAAUAUCCUGUAUUGCCAUAUUUAGUUUUAGUAUUGAAACAGUUCUUAUUGCAAAGGGACCUCAAUGAAGUAUUCACAGGUGGAAUUGGAUCCUAUAGUCUUUUUUUAAUGGCCGUCAGCUUCCUCCAGCUACAUCCCCGGGGGGAUGCCUGCACCCCCAAUGCCAAUUACGGCGUCCUUUUAAUAGAAUUUUUUGAAUUAUAUGGCCGUCAUUUCAACUACCUGAAAACGGGAAUCCGAAUCAAGGAUGGGGGUUCCUACGUCGCCAAGGAUGAAGUUCAGAAGAAUAUGCUAGAUGGUUACAGACCAUCAAUGUUGUAUAUUGAAGACCCACUACAACCAGGCAAUGAUGUUGGAAGGAGUUCUUAUGGCGCCAUGCAAGUGAAACAGGCCUUCGAUUACGCAUAUGUAGUUCUGAGCCAUGCCGUCUCCCCGAUAGCUAAAUGUUACCCCAACAAUGAAAGCGAAAGUAUAUUAGGAAGAAUAAUCCGAGUUACGCAAGAAGUUGUGACGUACAGAGAAUGGAUAUCCAAACAGUGGGGAAUCCAGAAUAAUGCAGAGACGUCGUGCAAUGGUAACGGAGUAACAUUAAUAGUGGAUAAUCAACAGCUGGACAAAUAUAACAACAAUCUUUCUGAAGAGAACCAGUCACAAGGAAAACCGAGAAGUAAAACUUUGGAGACCCCAAGCAAACAUUCAUCAAACUCUUCCUCAGGCCCUUUGUCCUCAUCGUCAUCCACGCUCUCCAGCUCCAGCGAUGUGGAGUCGGACGGCACCCCAUGCAAAACCUCAAAGCAGCUGGGCUCCUGCCAGACUUCGGCAAACCGAUUGGUCCCUCAGGAGAUCUCCCUCGGGUCCUCUCAGCUGAGCGGCAAAAUGCCAAGUAGCCAAACCGUGAACGCAUCCAAUGUGACAAAUAAGUCCCAGCACGGAUCCAUGAGGCUCUUGCGCACUUCUUCUUCCAACAAAAGCAUCCAAGGUCCAGGAAAUUCCAGCCAUGGUACCUUGGUGACGAACAAACAGUACCAGGGCACUAAGCCACAACCAUUUUACCACGGGAAAAAAAGGAAACACAAGAGGGACGCUGCGCUUUCAGAGUUAUGUAGAUAGUUUUCCUAUCUCGACGGUUGGACUUCUUUCCCUCCCCUCCCCUGUGUGCAAUGCUCUCUCAUGCUACGAGAAUUAACUUGGACAAAACGAUUUCCAAGAUCCUUCUGGAGUCUGAAGACUGUUGGAACGUUGAUUAGCAACGCAUUUUAGUUUUAGUUUAUUUUUUUAAAUUUGUUUUUUCCAGCUCGCCACGAAAAAAAACGAUCAUGAAGACUGAAUAACUGCAAAAAAUAUAUAUAUAUAUAUAAUAAAAAAUAAAAAGUGGGUGGGAGGGAGGAGGAGGAGGAAGAGGACAAGGCUGCUUCUCCAGUAAAUCAUAUGCUACAACAGGGUUGUUUAGAUAUAUAAAAAGCUUGAAUGUAAAAUAAAUAUAUCCCAUCAGCUUUGGGAGCUGACUUCUAGGGGUAGAUAAUAGUGUAUUUAAAGGUUUGGUAAUUAACUGAAAUAAAACAAAAGGAUUUAAAAAAAAACAAAAACAAAAAUACAAAAAAACCCAGGAGGAAAAUGUAAUUUGAGGGCAAUCCAAAGUUCAAAAAAGAGAGUGAAUCCUCGCAUGAUAAUUUUAAAAAUUAUUUUUUUUUGCAAACGUCCGCCAUUUUAUUGUGUAUAUAUAUAUGACCAUAGGGCAAAUUUGACCAUUUGUAAUAGUGGAUUUGUUAAAUACUUUCUACAUAACAUUUACCGUUUUAAAUUCAUAGAAAAAAUUUCUUCCCCUCUCCCCGACGAUGCGUUUUCAUUGAAAAAACAACCUCAACAAAAGUACCGAGAGCUGAAUUGUCAUCUGAACAACGGACAAAUGUAGCGAAUGAUUAACAGUUCAGCAUUUUGUGAUGUUUUUUUUUCCCUUUCAGCAUUGAAAUCAUUUAAUAGCACAUUGACCUGAGAGGGCACAAAUUGGUUCUCCGAAGGAAAAAAAAGGAAAAAUAAUCAAAAGAAGAAGAUCGAUGCCAGGGCAAAUGCUUGUUUAUAAAAUAUACAAAUACCAUCUAUUGUCAACUCUGAUCUUGCAUUCCACUCUGGGGAAGGAAAACAAAAACAGACUUAAAAUUCUCUUUUUUUUUUUUAAAGUGCCAUCAUCACUCAGGCGAUGGGAUAUUCCAGGUUAGCUUUCAUGGGAAAUCAUGGUUUGUUUGCUUUCAAAAUAGGAAACCCAGUUAACUUUAUUAAAGGAAGGGAUAUGUGUUGCUGAGUUAAGGGGGACAAAACUCAGCCUGUUGAUGACCUCUGUAUUUUAAGUCUUCCUUGUAAAAUCCCUCUGAUGUGUUUCCACAUGCGUUGGGCUACAAUUUUCAUUACACUUAAUGCUGGCUGAGGCAAUGAGAGUUGUAAAUCAACAUUUUUGUUUUUAAAAAAGCACUAGAUUGGGGGAAAGGUGGUGUAAUUCCAAUUUUAUUUUAUUUUUCUGCAUGCUUUUAUCCUGAAUUUCUUUUUUUAAAGAAAAAAAAUUUCCCUUCUCUUGCAGCUUUAUAGCUUUCCCUUUAAAAAAGAAAAAGUAAGGAGAAUUGUUAAUGCACAUGGUUGAAUUGUUUUCUUUUCUCUUUUAAGAAAAAAAAAAAAACCUGAAUGUUACCUCAUUCCCUUUUCAGAGAUUUUUUUAAAUCCACCCUUAAAGAGAGAAUUAAAAGAGUCUCCAAUAAUGGGACGGCAUCGUCUAGUGCUGUUUAAAGGGGCAACAAGCCGUGUUAAUUCUUCCUGAAAUUCUCCCACUUCCUAAGAUGGUUUCCUAGCUCAGGCAGGCCUUGGAUUUUAAGACAGAAGUGGAAAUUUGUGUUGUGAAUGCAGAAUGGAAGGAGUUGAAUCGCAGUCACUUGCUUUAUCUGAAGAAAAGGAAAAA